UUGGUAUUUUGUUGCUAUCCAAUAUGCCGUCACACUUUCGCAUAUCCAAAACGUGCGCUGGCAAGCAAAAUAAAUAAGACGCAAACAACGAGACGACUCUAUAAAUAACUUGCAAAGAUUCGCAACAAAAACGCGUUAUAAACAAACCUUUUUGUUGAAAUUUAGGUGCAGCAGUGACAAAAACGCAGCGCCAACAUGAGCAUGAGCGAUGACGACAGAGAUAUUGACAUUGAGAGUGACGAUGAUGUGGAUUCUGAUAACGGUCUUGGCUCCUCGCGCCACACGAGCACCGCAAAUUUUUCGCAGGCCGAAAAACGAGCGCAUCACAAUGCUUUGGAAAGAAGAAGACGUGAUCAUAUAAAGGAGAGUUUUACCAAUCUUCGUGAAGCAGUGCCAACGUUAAAGGGCGAAAAAGCCAGCAGAGCGCAGAUUCUUAAGAAGACCACCGAAUGCAUACAAACGUUAAGGCGGAAGAUAAGUGAAAAUCAAAAGGACAUCGAGGACAUUAAGAAACAGAACAGUAUCCUCGAUGAACAGAUACGACGACUAGAAGGGAACCCCUCGAAUGGAUCGGAAUUCUUGAGUGGUGAUGACCUUAGUGAUGUGGAGGAUGCUCUGGAACAAUCAGAUUUCAGCAGACGAAGUAAAAAGUUGAAAACAUUUCAUGCAUAGCGUUUGCCUGGCAUCGCAAUAAUGUCCGCGCUGGCGUCGUAAACCAAAACCACAACAAAAUGAAACAAUCAAAACCGAAACACGGAAAUCUUCAAUGCGACGGCGUGUUAUCAUAAUCAUUACUACCUAAGUCCAAAGCAUAUAGGCCCAAUCCCCACCAAAACUAGAUCCCCUCGUCUACCUUAAUGUGUGUUAUUUUGUACUCUCACUAUAUAUACAGAAUAUGCAAUUUAUAUAUCUCAACAUAUAGUUUAAAAUGCGUCCAAAAUCUAACUGGCUCUCGUCUUCAUUAAGCACUGGUUUCAGACUUAAGAUAACCAGGAUUAAGGAUAUUUAAACAUAUUUGUAUAUCUUAAGCAUUGGUAGAAAAUUCGCAAAGAGCUCUUGAAUGAACCACAGAGAAUUCGUAUAGAAAUAGAAUAUAGAUAUAUGUAUAUUUGAAUCAAACACUAUUUAAACUUCAGCGUCAGCCAGAGCAGCACAAACACAAAGAGCACAAAGAGGAACAUGUAACACAUUUGCUUGGAUCCCCCACCCUGUUUGGCCAGACGCACUACUCGCGUCAUUGUGUUGCCGAGGAAACCGCUGGUACGAUCCAUGUCAUCGUCAAUGCCGCGCAGCAGUUUAUCCUGAUACCGUACCUCAUUCCCAAUAUCAAUGGUCAGCGACUUCAGGGCGCCAAUCUUCUGUUGCAGCUCCUCAGCAGCUCGUUCGUUUUCCGCUUCCAAGGCAUCGUGUCCACUUGGCGCUGCUGGCUGUUGAUUGAGCGGCUGGUAGGGAUAAUUGUUGCGCCGCAUGCUACUGCUGUUGUGAGCCAGUUUUGCCGGAAUUUCGCUGCAAUCC